GCACUCGUUGCAUAUCAGAGGCUCCGCGCGGCGCGCUCCUCCUCGCUCCCGCUCCCCACUCCCGGGAUGUGUCUCCGCCGUACGACGGGCUAUGGCCACCACGACUUCCGGGUUCCGUCAUUUCGUUCUCCCGCCGCCGACCCGCGCCGCCAAACUGAGGCUCUUCAAUAAGCCAGGCAGCAGCCAACCUGCCAACACCUACUGACACUCACUCAUCUCCCAGAGAGAGAAAGAGAGCGAGAGAGAGCGAGCGCGAGAGAGCGAGCGCGAGUGAGAGCGAGCGAGCGAGCGAGAAAGAGAGAGAGGGAGAGACAAAAUACCUACCAGGAAAGGGGGGGAGGAAGUCCAAUUUUUGCAAACUAUUCAUUUUUUUUCUUGAUUUUUCUCACUGCUUUCUUUGAACAAUACUUUAAAGAGAGAGGAUCGUAUUAUAGAUACCGCGGGGGCAAAGCUAAAAAAGGGGGGAGGGGGGAGGAAAAAAUUCAAGAAGCAGAAACCCCUCGCGGAGUUUUACUGGAAGAAAAAAACGGGUCUGAAAGAUUCCUCCUCUUCAUCAUCAUCAACCAUCAUUCAUUCACUACCUUGACAUUCCGGGCUUUGAUUGACAGCUGGAGUGGCAAAAAGCCAUGAAACACGACAGUUCGGUUACAUGUGGGCUGCUGACGGGCCGCUCGUAACCUUCAGUUCGGGGGCUUGACAAUUUUUUUCUUCUUUUUCUUCUUUUUCUUUUCUUUCUUUUUUUUUUUUUCCAACUGAGGGGAAGAGAAGAGAAAGAGGGGGAAAGGAGGACCGAAGAGGAGGAGGAGGGGAGGGGGGAGGAGGAGGUGGUGGAGGAGGAGGAGGAAGAUCAGGAGGAGGAGGAAGAAGAGGAAAAAAGAGAAAAAGAAGAAAUAUCACAGAAAAAAAAAAAAAACUCUUCGUUGUCUUGCCUGGGCUUUUUUCCCCCCCUUAAAAAUAACAUAUUGGAGAAUUGGGAGAAGUCUCUUUGGUUUGGAAAAAAAAAAAAAGGAAUCUUCAGCCUAGAUCACUUUCUUAUCCGGACUGGGAUAUUAAAUAUACGACACAUCCAGGAGUUUAUUGGAGCGCAGACUGAUGGCGCAAAGGUACGAUGAGCUACCCCAUUACGGCGGGAUGGACGGAGUAGGGGUUCCCGCUUCCAUGUACGGAGACCCUCACGCACCACGGCCGAUCCCCCCGGUUCACCACCUGAACCACGGGCCGCCGCUCCACGCCACACAGCACUACGGCGCACACGCCCCGCACCCCAAUGUCAUGCCGGCCAGCAUGGGAUCCGCUGUCAACGACGCCUUGAAGCGGGACAAGGACGCGAUCUAUGGGCACCCGUUGUUUCCUCUGUUAGCUCUGGUCUUUGAGAAGUGCGAGCUGGCGACCUGCACUCCCCGGGAACCUGGAGUGGCCGGCGGAGACGUCUGCUCCUCCGACUCCUUCAACGAGGACAUCGCGGUCUUCGCCAAGCAGGUUCGCGCCGAAAAGCCACUUUUUUCCUCAAAUCCAGAGCUGGACAAUUUGAUGAUACAAGCAAUACAAGUACUAAGGUUUCAUCUUUUGGAGUUAGAAAAGGUCCACGAACUGUGCGAUAACUUCUGCCACCGAUACAUUAGCUGUUUGAAGGGGAAAAUGCCCAUCGACCUCGUCAUUGAUGAGAGAGACGGCAGCUCCAAGUCAGAUCAUGAAGAACUUUCAGGCUCCUCCACAAAUCUCGCUGACCAUAACCCUUCUUCUUGGCGAGACCACGAUGAUGCAACCUCAACUCACUCAGCAGGCACCCCAGGGCCCUCCAGUGGGGGCCAUGCUUCCCAGAGCGGAGACAACAGCAGUGAGCAAGGGGAUGGUUUAGACAACAGUGUAGCUUCACCUGGUACAGGUGACGAUGAUGAUCCGGAUAAGGACAAAAAACGCCAGAAGAAAAGAGGCAUUUUCCCCAAAGUAGCAACAAAUAUCAUGAGAGCAUGGCUCUUCCAGCAUCUCACACAUCCGUACCCUUCCGAAGAGCAGAAGAAACAGUUAGCGCAAGACACAGGACUUACAAUUCUCCAAGUAAACAACUGGUUUAUUAAUGCCAGAAGAAGAAUAGUACAGCCCAUGAUUGACCAGUCAAAUCGAGCAGGUUUUCUUCUUGAUCCUUCAGUGAGCCAAGGAGCAGCAUAUAGUCCAGAGGGUCAGCCCAUGGGGAGCUUUGUGUUGGAUGGUCAGCAACACAUGGGGAUCCGGCCUGCAGGACCUAUGAGUGGAAUGGGCAUGAAUAUGGGCAUGGAUGGGCAAUGGCACUACAUGUAACCUUCAUCAUGUAAAGCAAUCGCAAAGCAAGGGGGAAGUUUGCAGAGCAUGCCAGGGGACUACGUUUCUCAGGGUGGUCCUAUGGGAAUGAGUAUGGCACAGCCAAGUUACACUCCUCCCCAGAUGACCCCACACCCUACUCAAUUAAGACAUGGACCCCCAAUGCAUUCAUAUUUGCCAAGCCAUCCCCACCACCCAGCCAUGAUGAUGCACGGAGGACCCCCUACCCACCCUGGAAUGACUAUGUCAGCACAGAGUCCCACAAUGUUAAAUUCUGUAGAUCCCAAUGUUGGCGGACAGGUUAUGGACAUUCAUGCCCAAUAGUAUAAGGGAACUCAAGGGAAAAGGAAACACACGCAAAAACUAUUUUAAGACUUUCUGAACUUUGACCAGAUGUUGACACUUAAUAUGAAAUUCCAGACAGCUGUGAUUAUUUUUUACUUUUGUCAUUUUUCAUCAAGCAACAGAGGACCAAUGCAACAAGAACACAAAUGUGAAAUCAUGGGCUGACCGAGACAAUUCUGUCCAUGUAAAGAUCCUCUGGAAAAAGACUCCGAGAGUUAUAACUACUGUAGUAUAAACAUAGGAACUAAGUUAAACUUGUACAUUUCUGUUGAUCACGCCGUUAUGUUGCCUCAAAUAGUUUUAGAAGAGAAAAAAAAAUAUAUCCUUGUUUUCCACACUAUGUGUGUUGUUCCCAAAAGAAUGACUGUUUUGGUUCAUCAGUGAAUUCACUAUCCAGGAGAGACUGUGGUAUAUAUUUUAAACCUGUUGGGCCAAUGAGAAAAGAACCACACUGGAGAUCAUGAUGAACGUUUGGCUGAACCUCAUCACUCGAACUCCAGCUUCAAGAAUGUGUUUUCAUGCCCGGCCUUUGUUCCUCCAUAAAUGUGUCCUUUAGUUUCAAACAGAUCUUUAUAGUUCGUGCUUCAUAAGCCAAUUCUUAUUAUUAUUUUUGGGGGACUCUUCUUCAAAGAGCUUGCCAAUGAAGAUUUAAAGACAGAGCAGGAGCUUCUUCCAGAAGUUCUGAGCCUUGGUUGUGGACACAACAAUCUUAAGUUGGGCAGCUUUCCUCAACACAAAAAAAGUUAUUAAUGGUCAUUGAACCGUAACUAGGACUUUAUCAGAAACUCAAAGCUUGGGGGAUAAAAAGGAGCAAGAGAAUACUGUAACAAACUUCGUACAGAGUUCGGUCUAUUAAUUGUUUCAUGUUAGAUAUUCUAUGUGUUUACCUCAAUUGAAAAAAAAGAAUGUUUUUGCUAGUAUCAGAUCUGCUGUGGAAUUGGUAUUGUAUGUCCAUGAAUUCUUCUUUUCUCAGCACGUGUUCCUCACUAGAAGAAAAUGCUGUUACCUUUAAGCUUUGUCAAAUUUACAUGAAAAUACUUGUAUGAGGACUGUGACGUUAUGUUAAAAAAAAAAAAAAGGUGUUAAGUCACAAAAUGCGGUAAUAAAUAUUUCAUUUUUGAUUUUU